GUUGUCGGAGUUGCGGUGAUAAAUCAACCCUGAUCAACAAUAGCAGCUCACAUUCAGACAAGAUCGGAUAACCUGAUCACCACAGACAAUCCUUCGUACCAAUCAUGAUGUCGCUUGGUUUCUUGGUGGUUGUACUUUUUGCUUUCGUUGUCGCCGCAAAUGCCGAAUGCAAGAAGCCGGGAUGCGUUGGGAAUAAGAUGGCUUGCCCUGGAAAGAGGGAGAACGUGUAUACGACGAACGCUGAUGGGUGUCAGUCCUGCAGAAGCGUCUGCGUGCCAAAAUGCAAGAAGCCGGGAUGCGUUGGGAAUAAGAUGGCUUGCCCUGGAAAGAGGGAGAACGUGUAUACAACGAACGCUGAUGGGUGUCAGUCCUGCAGAAGCGUCUGCGUGCGAUGACCACAUGUCGGGGCCACGAUUUCUUACACAAGUCGAAGACCACCAUACAUUUCCCCAAUUCAAAGAAGGACAACGAUCUUGCAUUAAAAGAAAUCAAGAAAUCAUUGUCUUUAUUGUCUUUUUUGUUCAAAUCAUCAUCACUUUUCCCUUUUUCUCACAAUGCAUCUAUAUAUGA